GGUCAAAGGCGGGCUGUGCAGGAAACAGUGGAACACAUGACACUAAAUCCCUCGGUCGCCGAGUCCUGAACACCAAGACUUCGAGUCCUCCUAAGCGAAUUAAACGUAUAAUCAAAGCGAUCAUCUACGAGUAUUCUCUAACGGUCAUAGCGUAGUUAAAUACCAUGGGAUGCACUGCAAGCAGUCAGUCCAGGACGAUAGCACAGUCUCCGCCAGUACAAACCGCAAACGCUGUCAAUUCUUCACCGAAGAACGAUCCAGCUCCUGCUGAUGUCAACCCUAAACAAGACAAUCAAGUCCAACCAUUAACGGCCAGUAGUCCUCCUGAGGAGCCGGCCAAACCAGCAGAGCAGCCUUCUACUAGUGUCGAUGCAGUAGACGGAGGAACAAAGGAUACAGAACCAGAAUCAAGAGAAGAACCAUUGGGUGAGGAAUCGAAAGACGUUCACCAGGAACCAAUCAAAGAGGAACCUGCCAAAGAGGAAGAAAAACCAGAAGAAACUCCAGCAACUGUGGAAAAUGCCGAAGGAACUCAAACUGAGGUAUCAGAACCUCCAAAAGAAGAAGAAAAACCUGUAGAGGAAACUAAGCAGCCAGAAGUGGAAACCGCUGGAGUUGAUACUCCAAAACCGGCGGAAGAAACUGCGCCAAAUAAGGAAGAAAAUGAAGUAGAAAAUGAAAAAACAGAAACCACAGACAAAGCAGAGGAAGCAGAGGUGAAACAAGAGGAAGGCAAACCAGAAGAGGUUAAAAAUGAAGAGGAAAAGCCACAAGAGGAAAAACCAGAAGCAUUGAGCGAAGAGAAGCAAGAUGAUGAAGCUGCCGAAAAAACGAAUGAGGAAGAAAAACCUUCAGAAGGAACUGAAGAAGUAAAACCAGAAAAUGAAACGACAGAAAGCUAAGAGCAGAGAACGGAUUUUUCUGUAGAUAUGAAAUGAUUUUGACUAAAUCAUCUAUUUCUACGCGCGCAACUUUAUAGUCAAGUUUCGCAUUCGAUGCAUACUGCUGUUUUUGAAGACCACAGACUCAUUUGUACAGGUUUAGCGCGCAACCUUGAGCGCUUUUUCUCCUUGGUCGGUUAAUAGUACUAUCUUUGAACAAAUACCGGCAAUAGUAUAGCGAUAGACGCCUUUUUUGGGAUGAUACACUACACACUUUGUGCUCCAUAUAUCGCAUCUAGAAAACACUAUGUUUCCAACCUUCAAAGAUCACGUGUGUUCAGUUCUCAAUUUGUCGAUACAGAAUCAAGCUCGAUUCACGAUUCACUUAAAAUUCUUUGUAGCUAGAUCUGAACUCGAUUUAAUAUUUCUUUGAAUAUAAUUUAGUAUUACUUUUACACAAGAAGAAAGAGGUGAUAGAAAGAGUGUCGAGGGGACUAAAUAUCACUAAAAAGGCCUAUCUUUAGUAAAAUUUGAUAUUAUUUUCUACGAACAGAUAUAUCCCUUGUAAAUUUUUAAAACGUGCACCAGAAAAACAACUAACACAGUUGUUGGUAGAAAAGGAUGAAAGGAUAAGAAGAGAGAAUAGUGGGGAAAUACUAUCCGAAAGCCAACUUUUCUUUUAUACAGUGUUUUCAUUUUCUAGAAGCCACUUCAGUGUUCUAAAUACCAACGAGAAGCCAAUGAAGUGCUUCAUUGAGACUCGGCCACUGAACAUUAAUAAUCUUUUAUCAGUUAUUUUAAAUUGGUAAACAGAAAAUUAAUUAUCAUAGGUGGAAAGAGCAGGUUAAAAUCAGUAAAACGAUGAAAUUUAAAGUAAGUUGAAAACUCGUAAAGAUAUGAAAUUUUAAAAAUCGGAAUUUCGUGCGAAAGCAUUCGUUGUUAGGCAAAAGAUAUUUUCAUACGAAACUCACACUUUUCAAAAAUCAUAUCUUUGCGACGUUUUUCCUUCAAACUUUUCAUUUUUUCUAAUCUUAACAUAUUCUUUCCAGCUAUGCUAAUCAUUUUUCUGUUUUACCAAGUGAAAAAUAACUGAUAAAAGAUCGUUGUUAGUUUUAUAUUUUACUUUAAGCUUCGAAUGAGAAGCCAUUUCAGAGUUUCAGCUAUGCUGAUCUAAUGUUCAUGUAUGUCAUUGGAAAUAAGCAAAUGUUAAGUUUAUCAAUCUUAUUAGAAAGAACUAAUCUGAAUUAUCUAUAAUUUUAUAUAUUUGUCAAUGUACAGAAAAAAAAUUAAGAAAUGUUGAUUAUCAAUGAAUUUAAAUCUAAAAUUAUCCAAUAUGAAAAAACCUAAUGAAUUCUUGAAAUAUAAUUGCUAAUAAAGUUCAAAAACAGA